CCGUCAUUUUGCUUAUAACUCAAGCAAUAAUAUUAACUUCAGUACUUCAUCACUCAUAUAACUUGAAAACUACUACCAAUAUAAAACACUACUACUAUAUAUAAUAAUAUAAAUAUAUAUAGAUAUAUGGAUUCCGGUAAUUACCACUUUCCUCCACAUGAGUCUUCAUCAUCCCCUUCAAGUAGUAGUACUACUAUUGGAGAUACUUAUCCGGAACCGGAAGUGAUGUUGGCGUCAGAAAACCCGAAAAAACGAGCCGGAAGGAAAAAGUUUAAAGAGACCCGACACCCGGUUUACAGAGGAGUAAGAAGUAGAGACAAUGGUAAAUGGGUUUGUGAAGUUAGACAUCCAAUUACACAAUCAAGGGUGUGGUUAGGGACACAUACAAAUGCAAUAAUGGCAGCCAGGGCACAUGACGUGGCUGUUAUAGCCAUGCGGGGUCCAUCCGCGUGUCUAAAUUUUGCUGACUCAGUGUGGCGGUUGCCCGUCCCUGAGUCAAAUGAUACAAAAGAUAUACAAAAGGCCGCCGCAGAGGCGGCCGAGAGUUUUAGACAUGAGGAAGAAGAAGAAGAAGCUGUGACAGAUCAACAAACGGAGUUGCCGGAAAAUGAUUGUUAUGAGGAUGAAGAAGAAAUGCCCGGAUUUAUUGACAGAAUGGCGAAUGCACUCAUGUUAUCACCACCUCAUGAUCAAAUAGUGGCAAAUGGUAACAACUCUAUGAAUGAAAUGGAAUUUAGUGAUGAAAUGCCUCUAUGGAGCUUUUAGGCCAUUUUUCGUGUUCCUCUAUAUAUUUUUUGAUUUAUUUAUUGUCUGUGUUGUUUGCUUGUCCAUAUUUUUUUUCUCUUUAGCCUAAAUCUAGUUGUGGACAAUUUAAGGUAAGUAGAAU